AUGAUCCUAUCUAUCUAUCUAUCUAUCUAUCUAUCUAUCUAUCUAUCUAUCUAUCUAUCUAUCUAUCUAUCUAUCUAUCCAUCUAUCUAUGUAACACUUUAUAUCUACUUAUUUCAGUCUGUUCAUAUCUAUCUAUCUAUCUAUCUAUCUAUCUUUCUAUCUAUCUAUGUAACACUUUAUAUCUACUUAUUUCAGUCUGUUCAUAUCUAUCUAUCUAUCUAUCUAUCUAUCUAUCUAUCUAUCUAUAUAUAUAUAUAUAUAUAUCAGUCUUAUCUAUCUAUCUAUAUAUCUAUCUAUUUCAGUCUUUUCUAUCUAUCUAUCUAUCUAUCUAUCUAUCUAUUUCAGUCUUUUCUAUCUAUCUAUCUAUCUAUCUAUCUAUCUAUCUAUUUCAGUCUUUUCUAUCUAUCUAUCUAUCUAUCUAUCUAUCUAUCUAUCAAUCUAUUUCAGUCUUUUUCUAUCUAUCUAUCUAUCUAUUUCAGUCUUUUCUAUCUAUCUAUUUCAUCUAUCUAUCUAUUUCAGUCUUUUCUAUCUAUCUAUCUAUCUAUCUAUCUAUCUCUAUCUAUCAAUCUAUUUCAGUCUUUUCUAUCUAUCUAUCUAUCUAUUUCAGUCUUUUCUAUCUAUCUAUCUAUCUAUCUAUCUAUCUAUCUAUCUAUUAUUUCCUAUCCCCAGCUCUCACAACUUCCUUUCCUUUUUUCUCUGUCAUUUCUUUCUACUAAAAUAUUUUCAGACAUUUACAUCCCACACUCUCUAUUCAUUAUUUCCCUCCCUAAUUAUAUUUGUUUUAUCUCUUUCAUGCACUCUUUAAUUCGUCCUCUCUCUCUCUCUCUUUCUCUCUUUCUCUCUCUUUCAUUCAUUUAUCUGCAUUUGGAUCCUUCUAAUACGAAAUAUUUUCUUAUUCAAGUCUCUUAUUACUUUCUAGUUUGUUUGUUUUUUUUUCUUCGUUUUCCAGCAGCGAUUUUUUCUUUAUUCCCUUCCAACUUUUCAUUCUGCCUUUCUUCAUCGCCGUCUCUAAGAUUUGUCCAUAUCGCUCUUCUUUUCUUCCUUUUCUUUCUCAGUUUUAAAUACUUUCUUUUUUCUUUCUUUCUUUCUUUCUUUUUCAUCUCUCUAUAA